UCGCCAUGGAGCGACUGCGGGAGGUGCGGGCGCUCCUGCAGGCGUGGGAGCGCGCGUUCCGGCGGCAGCGCGGGCGGCGGCCGGUGCAGGAGGACGUGGAAGCGGCUCCCGAGGAGACCCGCGCGCUCUACCGGGAGUACCGCGCCCUGAAGGAGACCCUGCUUCCGGCCAGCAGCGCUGGACCCCGCGGCCCGGUGCAGGCGCCCCCGGAGGCGGCCGAGGAGGUGCCCGAGCCCAGCUGCUGGGGGUCCCACCUGAAUCGGGCUGUCACCCAGAGUCUCCCCGCUGCUGCCGGGCCGAGCCCUCGCGGGUCUGUGCCGGACUAUGGGAAGCGGCUCAAGGCGAACCUGAAGGACGCUCUGCAGGCUGGGCCAGCCCUGCGCCGAAUACCCCGGCCUCCGCAAAGACCCCCACCCACGGUGCCUUCCCCAGGGCUGCCAGCUGCAGGGGCUUCCCCCGCGUCUCCUGAAGAAGUCAGUGAGGUGCUGCCCCAGCUCCCCAGGCCCCAGCUAAGGCCAGGCCGGCUCCAGCAGCUGCAGGAGUCCCUGAGCCUGCGGCUGGGCUCCCUCGAUCCUGGCUGGCUACAGAGGUGUCACGAGACCGAAGGUUUUCUGGGGACUUCUGAGGCCUGCCAGCCUGUCCCGGGUACAGGGGAGCCACCGCCCCUGACUUCAGGUGUUCCCUCUGAUCCUGGCCCCAGCACAGGCCCUGAGGCACCUUUUCUGGGCUCAGAGGCUCCAGCUAUGAAGGUACCUGGGGUCAGUGCAGGGAACCCCCUACUGGGCGGCAGUCAAGGCAAGAAGCGGAGAAAGAGUGGGGAGUUAAAGGGGACCGCUGCUGCACAGGCCCGUCAGCACAGCAGCCAAGAAGGCUCCCCACCAGAGGGAGCUAGGGCUGUACUGCACGCAGAAGACUGUCCAGGGGAGCCCACUCAGGCGCAGCUCCUCACCGGCCCCUCAGCCCCCAGGCCAGCUGCCCGGGACAGGGGUAAUUACGUUCGGCUCAACCUGAAGCAGAAACGCUAUGUUUGGGGCCCAGCCCUGCGUGGCAGACUCCUCCGAAAGCAGGCAUGGAAGCAGAAAUGGAAGAAGAAGGCGGAACAUUUGGGGGGUGGUCAGUCCAACGCCCCAGUCAAGGAUUCUUGCUUCCGGUGUGGGCAGCUCGGCCACUGGGCAUCCCAGUGCCCCAGACCAGGCCCAAAACCUACCCGGGUCCCCAAGAAGGAGGGUGGCGAAGAGGAAGAUGACAUGCAGAUGCUGCCCACGUUAGAGGCAGUAGCCCAGAGGACACACACUGCCUGCGGCCAGCUCCGUGGUGAGGAAGAUACAGAUCCUGCUGGGUCUGAGUUGCUAGUGCCCAUGGAGGCACCUGUGCCUGGGGGACCCUGCCCAUCCCCAGCUGUGCCGCCACUCUACCUGCCGGGUCCCUUGGGGCAGGUGGCAGCGACGCCAGUUGAGGUGUUGCAGGCCCUGGAGCAGCUGGGGCACCGAGCCUUCCGCCCUGGGCAGGAGCACGCAGUCAUGCGAAUCCUGUCUGGCAUGUCCACACUGCUGGUGCUGCCCACCGGUGCUGGCAAGUCCCUGUGCUACCAACUCCCUGCGCUGCUCUACGCCCAGCGAAGCCCCUGUCUCACGCUGGUCAUCUCUCCUCUCCUGUCCCUCAUGGACGACCAGGUGUCCGGCCUGCCCCAAGGCCUGAAGGCGGCUUGUGUACACUCGGGCAUGACGAGGAAGCAGCGAGACUCCGCCCUGCAGAGGGCUCGGGCAGGCCAGGUACACGUGCUGAUGCUGUCACCCGAGGCAUUGGUUGGAGCUGGGACCGGGAGCCCUGCCUGCCUCACUCAGCUGCCCCCAGUGGCCUUUGUCUGUAUUGACGAAGCCCACUGCCUCUCUCAGUGGUCCCACAACUUCAGACCCUGCUAUCUACGUGUCUGCAAGGUGCUGCGGGAAAGCCUGGGCGUGCGCUGCUUCCUGGGUCUCACAGCCACGGCCACACGCAGCACCACUCUCGACGUGGCCGAGCACCUGGGCAUAGCCAAGGAGGGUGUCCUCAGGGGACCGGUCACCAUCCCUGCCAACCUGCACCUUUCUGUGUCCAUGGACAGGGACCCAGACCAGGCUCUGGUGACACUGCUACGGGGGGACCGCUUCCGCACCCUGGACUCCGUCAUCGUCUACUGCAACAGGCGUGAGGACACUGAGCGUGUCGCCGCUCUGCUGCGCACCUGUUUGCCCGAGGCUAGGGCUCCCGGGCCUGGAGGCCAGGCCCCGGAGGCUGUGGCUGAAGCCUACCAUGCUGGCAUGUGCAGCCGGGAGCGGCGGCGGGUGCAGCGGGCCUUCAUGGAGGGCCGGUUGCGGGUGGUCGUGGCCACAGUGGCCUUUGGGAUGGGAUUGGACCGGCCAGAUGUGCGGGCUGUGCUGCACCUGGGGCUGCCCCCGAGUUUUGAGAGCUACAUUCAGGCCGUGGGCCGGGCUGGGCGUGAUGGGCAGCCCGCACACUGCCACCUCUUCCUGCAGCCCCAGGGCGAGGACCUUCGGGAGCUGCGCAGACACGUGCAUGCCAACGCCAUUGACUUCCUUGCUGUGAAGAAGCUGGUGCAGCGUGCGUUCCCGCCCUGCACCUGUGCCCAGCGGCGGUCUGAGCAGGAGGGAGGCGAGAGACAGGAGGGGUGCUCCUCCAAGCAACCCAGCCAUGAGCCAACAGCCCGGUGCCCGGGCCACAAGCGGGCACUCCCAGUGCAGCCGACAGUGCAGGCUCUGGACAUGCCUGAGGAGGUCAUUGAGACUCUUCUGUGCUACUUGGAGCUGCACCCACAGCACUGGCUGGAGCUGCUGGCACCCACCUACACUCGCUGCUGCGUGCGAUACCCUGGGGGCCCCACCCAGCUCCAGGCCCUGGCCAGCAGGUGUGUCCCCUUGGCUGCGUGCUUGGCCCAGCAGCUGCCUGGGAACACAGGUGGGGGAAGCAGCACUGUGGAGUUUGACGUGGUCGAGCUGGUGGACUCCAUGGGCUGGGAGCUGGCCCCCGUGCGGAAGGCCCUCCACCAACUGCAGUGGGACCCGGAGCCCAGGAAAGGUGUGCCUCGGGGCACAGGGGUGCUGGUGGAGUUCAGCGAGCUGGCCUUCUACCUGCACAGCCCUGGAGACCUGACCGCCCAGGAAAAGGACCAGAUCUGUGGCUUCCUUCAUGACCGAGUGCAGGCCAGAGAGCGGGAGGCCCUGGCCUGCCUGCGCCUUAUGUUCCAGGCCUUUCACAGCGUAGCCUUCCCCAGCUGCGGGCCAUGCUUGGAGAAGCCGGACGAUGACCGCAGCACCAGGCUCAAGGCCCUGCUCAGCCACUACUUUGAGGAAGAGGGGCCAGGGGGUGAGGAGGAAGCACAGGGCCCAGAGCCGGGACAGGUCAAGCUCCAGGACUGGGAGGACCAGAUCCGCAGGGACAUCCGCCACUUCCUGUCCUCGUGGCCAGAGCAGCAGUUCUCAGGCAGGGCUGUGGCCCGCAUCUUUCAUGGCAUCGGAAGCCCCUGCUUUCCAGCCCAGGUGUAUGGACGGGACCGGCGCUUCUGGAGGAAGUACCUGCACCUGAACUUCCACGCCCUGAUCAAGCUGGCCACCGAGGAGAUCCUGCUGUGGGGCCGCUGACACCUGGCCGCAGGCAGGCCCUGUCCCCCAUGUCAGACACAGGUGUGAACAGGCACAUGGAGAGUGGCAGGUGCAAGACCCAAGACGAGGGGCUAUCAGUGGCUGGGACAGUGACUGACCUCCUUGGACAAAGCCUACUGCCCGGAAUGUGGGCACAAGGAGCCCCCAAAACACAAAAUAAAAGAUGCUGGAGUUGUUGCAGGGAC